AGUUUAUUUGCAAUCGCCGCCCGUCAACAUGUGACCGAACCGCGGACGAUCGGAUCGUCGUCGUCUUUCUCUCUCUCUCUCUCUCUCUCUCUCUCUCUCUCUCUCCUCGCAGUCGACGUUCCCCGGUAUUAGAGUCACCUCGUCUACCUUAUCCAGUCCAAGUGUACCAGCGGUAUUGCAUCUCUCCUCGUCGAUCGUCGAAGAUAUGCAGCGUUCUGGAAUAAGGAGUAGCUGAAGGCACACGCAUUACACACGCGCGCACGGAGUGAGCACACGGAGCGCCACCCGAGGUCUAAAUAAAGAAAACCGCCCGACGACUCGCGAAUGAGAAGUGCAUCUUGCGACGGCCGGAUAUGUGUGUGAGCGAGCGGCCGACGACGAGUUAGCGCGAAAUGGUCGAGCACAUGAGCGCUCUGCAGACACAACAGCAGUCCUUCGAUGGCGGCCGUCCGCAGCGCACCAGUUGGCACCAUCACCAUCACCCGGACUCAUCCGCGACUGCUGGCUCGCCGCAUCACCAGCACAGGUUCUCGCUGUUCAGGUGGUUCGUCAAGCGGCGCGACUCGACCUCCUCGGCCGACCGUCACCAGCACAGGCGGCGAUCCCACCGACAUCAGCUCUUCCGAAGGCACAAGCGACGCGGCUCGAGCUCCAGCUCCGGCAGCAGCUCCUCGAGCGUCGACACCUUCUACAGCACAGCGACCGUUCGCAGCUUCGCUUUUCACAGCGGAACCAAGAGGGACGCCGCGGACGCCCUGCUGAGGCAUCGGGAUUCCCGGUCCAACGGGCCCGCGGUAGGACCCUUUGCGCCCGGCGCGGUCAAGCUCGUCGAGAAGCAGCGCAGAGGCGAUGGUCUGCUGAAGAGGAGGGUUCAGGCGGCCACGUGCACGCUGCCCACGGCGUUCUCUCAGCGACAGGACAUCGAGACCAGGUACUCCCUGCACCCGGUGGUCAACAGCGCCUUCAUCUCCUACGACAGCAUACCCGCCGUUGGCCGCGGCCCCCGAGCCUUCGCCGAGGACAGAAGAACCGCCGCCAAUAACAAUAACCACAAGUUCAACGGGGACACCCUGACCUCGGAUUCCUCGCUGACGUCGAGCGCGCGGAGGGUGCACGUGAAGGGCAAACGAAGAGCGCCCGAUCCACCGACCGCCGCCAACGCCGAUGUGGUGCGCGUCAACCCCGCCGGUGGCAGACGCAAGCGCAGACCGGCGCCCAAACCUCCCGGAAACACCAACGCCACCACAACGCCUCAGUCCAGCAACCAGAACACACUGUCGUCAGAGGCGUCCGCGGCUGGUAUGGACUCGCUGCUGACUCUGAAAGUCACCGACUGUCCGAUCAUCAGUAACGACACGCUGGUGCUGCGCCGUGGCGUCCUACUGUCGAAGAAGAACGUGUGUGGAAGCCCCAAGUCCGAGCCCAGGACACCCGUGACUUUCGUUUACGGUGACUCGGACAGCGGAACCGCGGCGAGCACCACCGCCAGUACUCAGACCAAGGACAGUGGAAAGAACGGAGUGAAGCUGGGCUCCAUGAUGCCGAGGCCCUGGUACAAGCGCAACGUCUUCCACGAAUCCAGUGGUGGUUCCAGGGACUCUACCAGUACCAGACGAGGAGGUGGGGACUUCCUGAGGAGGCUACCAUCGCCCGUGCCUCCCGCGGACGCCAAGGACGAGAAUGCGUCACCGGCGUCAACGUCCUCAAGUCUGUCGUCAUCGUUCCCCUUCGAAGGUUCGCUGUCACGACUGGGUUUUUUCCAGCGUUCGGCGGACGACAAAAACAAGAAGGAGAACAAGCGCAAGUCGGGUGUGUCGAUUCUGACGAAUAUCAGCGAGCUGGACAAGGAGGCGGCUGCUAUUGUCCAGGAAGAGCAGGCGCGCAACCGUGCGUCAAUGAUCCUCCAAGCUGCCAGACUGGACGAGGACUUCGAGCGCCGUAUGGGCGCCAGCGAAGACAUGGUCCAGGAAAUCGUGAACUCCUCGAUGGAGAGCUCGCCGAGGAGGAGCACCAGAGCGCUGAUAUCUAAGUUCAACGCGAUAGGAGGCUCGAGUUUCUUCGGUCGGAAUAGCAGCUCCUCGCCCAAGGCCAAGGCCAAAAGGUUCAGCCAAGAGUGCGGAAACGAUCGAAGGGAGCACGACGACAGGGAUAGGGACCUGUCCAGGUACUUCCUGCCGUUGCAGACGCAGGCGGCGGCGCCGAAAAGAGAAUCGGCCGCGAUCUUCACGGAGGUGGUGCACUCGCCAAAAGCUCCUGUGAUCGCGCAAAUAAAACCGCUGUCGACGACAACGAUGACAACGACGACGACGACGACAACGCCAACUGUGAGUCAGAAUUCAAAAUUGGACAAGAGCAACGCCGAAUUUGCCAAGACUCUGGCGGCAGAGCUGGACGACGUGGCCACGGGGAUCGCGAAGCUGAGGCGCGAGCUCGAUGACAGACCUCGACUGACGGACGAGGACAAGUUGAAGAAGGAGAGGAGCCCUUCGCCGGUGGUUCUAAACAAGCCCAAUCAGAGAGACAAGGAACUGGCCAAGUUCAACCGGGAGUUCAGCAAGAUCUUCGACGAGAUCGAUCGACAGCUGAGGAGUAGAGACUCAAGGCCGGCCAACACGAGGAGCAGCUCAGGCAACCCCACUGAGACCUCGAUCUCGAACCAAGUGGCCAAAGUGCUGGACAUUCUGGUGAACGCGGAGAAAGACGCCGAGGCAGCGAAGAGCAUGUCCCCACCGCCCGGUAAAUCGACCAACACGUCGGUGGACUCGACGGAGAGCGCGAGCAGCAGCAGCAAGGAGACCGGUAGAACGAAGAGAAUCAGCGGCGUAGACGAUAAAACGACGAUGGAGCUGAAGGAAAUGCUGAAGGAGAUGAAGCACAGCUUGCCCAAGCGAUCCAAGCCCAAGCCCAAGAGAAGUCCCGAGAGAGACGACCCAGCUGAUACCGUUCAAACGAACAAACCGUCCACCUCGGGGAUCGGGCCGAAGCCGACCUCGACGAAGGUGUCCUCUGGAGUGCAGACCAGCGGCAACGUGCGGAGGAUCGUCACGGAGAUCGCGGCUAGCAAUCCUGCACCGGUCAGACCGAUGGACAGCGAGAAGAAGACAGCUCCCGGCAACGCGUAUCAGCUGAUCAAGGACACCGAGUUCGCGGAGAUCAAACGAGCGCGUCCAGAUAACACGUACGCAAAUGUGCACUGUACUGAAAAAGUUGAAUCGGUAAGAAUCGAUCCAAGAGGCGCCACUGGAGGGGUUGCCAAGGAUAUCGAUAAGCCGAGGUUGGAGAGGACGGGCAGCUCGAAAACCGAGAGGAGCGACGAAGGUGAAAAACUCGAGGAGAUAAAGAAGCAAUGCAUGAACACCCUGGCGGUAAAUCGAUUGCUGCGGAAACUGGAGGCGGCUAUCGCAUCGGGCCAUCACCAGCUAGCGGCUGGUCUGGCUAAAGAAUUGGCUCAGCUGAAGAUACACUGCUCGGUCGUGAGACAGCGAUCUAGUACCGCCAAGCGAAAGCUCAAUCUCAGCAUGUACAUAGAGGAUAAACAAGCACAUCAGGGGCCCAUACCACUACAGCUUCCCGCGAACAUGACGGUGGCGCAGCUGAAGGCCAAAAUUCAAAUUGAGUUCGAGAUACCGGCGAACGUGCAGCGCUGGAUUAUCGGCAAAAAUUUAGCUGACAAUGAUGAAUCGAGUCUCGAGGAGUUGCAAGCCGUUGAGGGAUCACCUGUAUUCUUGUAUUUAGUCGCGCCACCAGAUUUGCAGGAUAAAGAGGCGAUUAAAACGGAGAAGCGGGAGAAAGAAGAGCAAAAGAAGGAAGUGGAAGUGGCGGAGGUUGCAAUGAAUGAAAAGAAUGACGAGCAGGAGCUGAUUCACGAGAUAAAAGCGGAAAUUGAGCCUGGGCCAGAGCCCCAAGCUCAGCCCGAACCCGAAGCUGCGGGUACCGUGGAGGAAGCGAAAGCUGAGGCUAAAGUUGAAGAAGUGAAGGAGGAGAUUGAACUCACGAAAGAAGAGAAGCUGAAGCGCUACGAAGAGCUGAUGUCCCUCGAGAACUGUGACGUUAUCUUGAACACUGAGCCUAUCGAGUGUCCUGUUUGCUUUAUGAUUACCGUUCCCAACGAAGGUGUCAUACUGAGGGACUGUCUACACUCAUUUUGCAGAUUAUGCGUAGCCAAUACCGUGCGAUACUGUGAAGAGGCCGAGGUUAAGUGUCCUUACCGGGACGCAGAUUACACGUGCGAGUCGACUCUUCAGGAGCGCGAGAUCAAGGCCCUCGUCGCGCCCGAAGUCUACCAGCAGCACCUCGCCAAAUCCAUAGCUCAAGCGGAGAACAACGCCGGCAAGAACGCUUUCCACUGCAAAACACCCGACUGCCCAGGAUGGUGCAUUUACGACGACAACGUCAACAACUUCCUCUGUCCGGUCUGCAAGGUCAACAACUGUCUUACCUGCCAGGCCGUUCACAUGGGAAAGAAUUGCCGUCAGUACCAAGAAGAGCUUAAAUACUCAAAAGAAACCGACCACGAGUCCAAGCGAACAGCGGCGAUGCUCGAAGAGAUGGUCGAGCGUGGCGAAGCCCUACCCUGUCCCACUUGUGCAGUGGUUUUAAUGAAAAAAUGGGGCUGCGACUGGCUUCGUUGCUCUAUGUGCAAAACUGAAAUAUGCUGGGUGACUCGCGGUCCGCGCUGGGGCCCCGGAGGCAAAGGCGAUACUUCAGGUGGCUGCCGAUGCGGCGAGAACGGCGUCAAGUGUCAUCCGAAAUGCAAUUAUUGUCACUGAGAACGAGAGAGCUUAUUAUUGUUUCCAUCGGAUAAAGCGACCUUUAUCCGAUCGAGAGAAAAUAGCCAAGAUGUACAGACUAUAUCCAUAGAUGUUUUCAAUUAAUCAAGAAUCUCGAGUCAAACGCUAGUUGCGCGAGAGGAGAAAAUGUGAAAGAAUAACAGAGUGAUAAAAUAUAAUUAAUUAAGGGCCUAAUUUCAAUUUUAA